AUGGUUUACUUGCAUAUGAAUGUUCCCGAAGAUUCAACUAUUAUUCCAAGGUACUGUCGAUAUUUGUGUUUGAAAAUUAAUCAUAGAGCUAUACCAUUUCGACUACUGACCAUACCAGUUGAGGUGAGCAAUAAACUGAUUACAUUGAUUCUACGAGAACAUGAGGAAGCAACACAAGAAGAUGUUGAGGAAAUAACGCUUCAAGUAUACAAAAAAAGACGCAUGAAAGUAACAACUGCAAUAUCAAAGUUCCUCGAUAAGAUGUCGGUAAGACUUAUACAUUUGCGUAUAUUAGUUGUAGAAACUGGAAUGAUCCAAAGGCUACCCAAUGAAAUUAGCAAGUUGGUUAACUUGAGAUACCUCCACCUUUCAAAGCUUAAGAUGGAGUUACUUCUGAAAUCACUUUUUGACCUACCUAAUUUACGGAUUUUAAGUUUGCUUCGCUGCCAAAAGCUUCAAAAGAUACCUGAACAAAUCCAUCAGCUUAAAAAGUUGCAGAUUUUGAAACUAGCUUAUUGCACAAAGCUUCAGCGGUUACCAAAAUCUAUAACAAGGCUUAAAAACUUGGAAGUGAUUGAUGUGGAAGGUUGUUGUUGGCUCAGCAAACUCCUAGAUGAUUUGGUCAGUUUUAAAUCACUGAGAAUCCUCAACAUCACAAGAUGUGCAUCCUUGUCUCAAAUUCCCCGUGGGAUUGAACAAUCAAUUGACCUUCGUAAGUUGUCAGGAAUAUUUGUCGGUGUCGAUGGAGGUUUUGUGCUCGCACAGUUGCAAACUUUAACAAAUCUUCAGGAAAUAAGAUUACGAAACCUAGAACGAGCAGAGAAGACUCAAACUGAGGUACUCGAAGCUCUCCGACCAAACGUGCAUUUGAAAAUGCUAGAGAUCAUUUCUUAUAAGGGAGUGGAAUUUCCUACUUGGAUGAGUAAACAAGAACUUGUCGAUUUCGAUUCUUUGGUUGAAGUGAGACUCAUCAAUCUCAGGAGGUGUGCUACAUUACCAUCACUCGGUAGACUUCCUUGUCUCGAGAAGCUUGAGAUAAGUGGCAUGGAUUUAAUAAAACACAUAGACGAUACAUUUUACGAUGAUGGCAACACAUAUCCUAAGUUGAGAGAGCUCACUUUCUCGGAAAUGCUUGCACUAGAGAAAUGGUAUGUGCCGAAAGCAAACUAUGUUAUUUUUUUCCAAGAGCUUACACAAUUGACACUAGUUCAGUGCCCAAAACUCAAGGAAAUAGAUCUGCAUGAUUAUUGUGGUACAAUGAGAGUAUGGUUGAACAAUGAGACAAUAUGGUCUGCUGAAUUUUACCGUUGGUACAACCUUCGAUACAUCGGAAUUAUAGAGAUAGUCGGGUGCCAAGAGCUGAGAUGUUUGCCACAGGGUAUGGGAAGGUUUGAGCGUCUAUCAAAGAUGACAAUUAAUAGUUGCAACAAUUUGACGACUUUGGUAGCAUUGGAUUCACUUAUAGAAUUGAACAUAUAUGCUUGCCCACUGCUAGCAUUCAACCUAGAAGCAUUUACAGAACUUAGGAGGCUUACAAUUAAAGGCUGCCCGAAGAUGCAAAUGUGA